AUGCAUAUUAUAUUCCCCUUUACUGCAGAUAAACAUUCCCUGUAUUACAUUUACACGGCCUUGUCCAAACCUGUCGAACAGCCGGGCAUCUAUCAAUUCACUGCUAUGGGUCUGCUGGAUGACAGACAGAUUGACUAUUACAAUAGCAAGGAACAGAGAAAGAUUCCUACACAGCAGUGGAUGAAGGAGAAAAUGCAGGAGGAUUACUGGGAAAAAGGCACCCAGUCAAGAAAGAGCAAAGAGCAGUGGUUUAAUGUGAACGUCGACAUUCUGAUGAAACGGAUGAGACACAAUGAAUCAGAUGUUCAUGUUCUUCAGUGGAGACAUGGUUGUGAAAUUGAGAAAAAGGGAAGUGAAGUGAAUUUUUCCAAAGGCAUUGAUGAGUACAGCUAUGAUGGAGAGAACUUCCUGUCUUUUGAUGAUAAGGAGUCUCAGUGGGUUGCUCCUGUUGACGCAGCUCUUCCAACCAAGAGGAAGUGGGAUGAUGUGCCCAUCCUAAACCAGUACACCAAGGGCUACCUGGAGAAAGAGUGUGUGGACUGGCUUAACAAAUUCAGAGAAUACGGAGAUGAGGUGCUCAAAAAGGGCUCUCCUCCAAAAGUUUAUGUAUUUGCAAAUAGGUCUUCUAAGAACAAAACCAAACUGCAACUCACCUGUCUGGCCACUGGUUUCUACCCCAAAGAUGUGAUGUUGACCAUAAGGAAAUAUCGCACAUCCCUGCCUGCAGAUGAGAUUGAAUCCACAGGAAUCAGACCAAACCAUGAUGGAACCUACCAGCUGAGGAACAGUGUGAUUAUCGAGGAGGAUGAAAAAGCAGAAUAUGAUUGUUCUGUGUUUCACAGAACCCUCGAAGGACAAAUUACUGUCAGAUGGGAUGGGAAAUGCAUAGACUGUUACAAAGGCUCUACCCCAGCUAUUCUGGUUGGAGUUGUGAUUGGAGCUGUGAUUGGAGUUGUGAUUGCAAUACUUCUUGUUGCAGCACUCCUUUACCUUUAUAACGCUAAAAGACUCGUUAUCCCAUGGAGUAACACCAGUGGAGCAGCACAAAGUGAUCAUGCUAAUGGAGUAGCUCAAAAUCUUCUCCCAGGGGAUAAUUAUAGCAAUGGGCAUGCACAAACAGCAGCCAAUGGGCAUGCACAAACAGCAGCCAAUGGAGGGGAGAAUUAUAGCAAUGGACAUACACAAACAGCAGCCAAUGGAGUUGUUUGUCCAAUUGAAGAAAGCAGGUGAAAUGGAAGCCAACGUCUAACUGUAAAAUAGUGAAGCAGGAAAAGUAGUGACUGAAGAUGGAGAUGGCCUUUCUGUUUUUUUUUUCUUACUUUCAUCAUAUCUACCAUGUGCUUUGCUUUCCUGAAUUCAGGUGUGUAAGAUCUGGACAGCGUCAGACAUAGGUAACUUAAUUUCAAAAAGUCAAAUUCAAGUACUUUAAGCACCUUGUACGAACGCUGCUCUCAGUUUAAGUCCUGGAAAACCCUUGAAAACAGCUAUAUUUUGAAUAAGGUACCUGAAAAAUACUUUAAUUUCAUAUAUACUGCCCUUUAUAAAUGUGUUUUUUUUUUUUUUUUCUCGAUAAAACAAUCUUGCAGCACAUCUGAUAUAAAUAUGGAGCUGUUUCACUGGGCUUUUAUAAUGUACAUCCAGCCGAUUGUUAUCUCAGAAUAAACCCAGACAGGGUGAUCAGGACCCCUGCGCGAAGCUUAUUACACAGCUACUUGCCACAUAAAACCAUGUCUGCCAUGUAAACAUAAAACAAUGUCUGCAUUUGUGAUCAGAGAAAUGACAAACAAAGAGCACAACACCAGCGAUUCUCACUUACAGUCCUCGCGCCCCCCAGCUCUGCAUAUUUUGCAUGUUUCUCUUUGUUAACACACCUGAUUCAGAUAAGCUCAUUGGAAGUGAGCUCCAAGCAUGAACUGUGUUCCCAUUGACAUGGUCCCUACACAGUGUUCAUUGCUCCCUACUCCCUGAGCAGGGGAAAUCUGCUGAAGUUACCUCACUUCGGAAUGUUCAUUCACGGAUUUGCAAUGAGGAAU